CGCUCCGCCCACAACUAUGAUAGCUGCUAGAGUCAACGCAUUCGGAGUAACUCGAUCGUCCGUACCACACUUCCUUACUGCGGCUUUUAGGACUGCGGCGGGUGGUGUAUCGUGUUUACCAAGGUACGCAUUUAUUCGUCUCUGUCCCUGGCCUAUUACCUGCCUCCCCCUACCUCUAUGCUUUCCGUACCCUCCUGCCCGCCGGACUCCGUCCGCGCUUUUCUCUGCUCCCACCGACACCGACUAUAUGCAGCACGGCGCGCCAUGGGUAUGGGAGUGGCUGAAUAAGAGGCAGAGUGCUCGGAACGGGUCGGAGUUGACUUCUCUAGAGCAUAAUUGCUGGCCGCUGUCAUGGUCAGAUUCGUAGAGUCCGACUCAACCGGCUUGCCACUGAAGAGGAAGCAGGUUGCUCAGGCUUGUUCAAGGUGCCGUCGGCGGAAGAAGAGGUGUGCUCAUAAUGGGGGUGGCGUCGAUGGCGAUUCGAUGCCCGAGGGUGCACGUGGUGUUACUGUCCAAGCUUCUGCCGACCCCUUAAGUCCUCCGCAGGUUGACUCGCUACCUGGACCCCAUGCCGCCCGAACCGAAGCCCACGAGGGGCCGGCCUCCCGGUUCGUAGGCGAUCUAAGCCCUGAAGCAAUUCUUAUGGAGGCAACGAGCCUGUGCUCUACUCGCGAUGUGUCGGUGCGUGGUGGAUUGGGGAUAUGGCAAUCUCGGGAAACCCGGCCAUCCGAGUUGUCCGGGCCUCUCGCUCUCACCUCCCCUUCACGGCAGGCAGUUCAAGAUAUGCUUAAAGCAUACGUAUGGAAGAAUUGCCUAGUAUGUCGCCCGCCGGCGCCGGAUUAUGCCGUCCUUCGCCGGAUUUAUCUGGAGAAGUUGCAUCCGAUUUUCCCCAUCCUGGGCGGUCACGUUGUGUCGGCUCCCCAGGAUGAGGUUCAGGGCAAGGUUUUGAAGCAAAUCAUCAGCCUGGCCGCUGCUGCAGAUCCGGAGGCUGCUCGUCACCUUCGCCUCAACGCCGACGGCCCCUUACUUUCCCGUCACGACUUUUGCACCUCGCUUUCCAAUUCGAUCCAGACAAUUCUCGAUGCUCGGCUCAUUACAAACCGGGUGUUCCUAACACGUAUCCUAGCCGCGCUGUCUUUAUAUAUGCAACCUAGCUGUUCCGAUGACGCUGACAUUCCUGCGCUCUUGAAUGGCCAUGCUGUGAAUCAGAUGUACACAUUAGGGCUCCAGAUGGCAACUGGGGACAAUCAUGAGAAUAGUCAAGUUGCUCGGUCGCUUCUCUGUUGCCUUUGGGCACUGGACCGACUGAAUAGCGCAUUCUAUGGCCGGGCCUGCAUGAUACACGAACGGGAUAUCGGGUGGAAUUUGGACAACUGCAUCUCUGAACAGCCGCCUCUUUUCCGUCUGUUCCUUAUGAUUAUCGGGUUGCUGGACAAAGUCAUUGGCCUGUACCGUCCGGGCAACCGACUAGAAAGAGAAAUAAUCAUCGACCUACCCAUUUUCGAACAGAUGAUCCUAGACGCAGGCGCAACGCGUGCGCCUAGUUCCUGCCUAGCGUCUCUGGAGAUUUUCUACCACUCGGUUGCCAUCCUCUCGAGCCAGUCUCCGGCCGAGAAUCGCUCAACGGCACUCCCGGCUCCGGCAACAAAUAGUCGUCGGUCUUUAGCUGCAGACCGGAUUACAUCCAUCGUUAGCCAUGAGUUUCAUGGCCAGUUGUCGUAUAUGCCCAUCAUUCCGUAUGGCCUCUCCUUAUCCCUCAGCGUCUCCUACCGCAAGAUGCGUCACAGCAACGUACCAAUGUUUAGAAGCAGAGGUAAAGAAGCCUUUAGAGUCAACACUUCGCUACUAAAAUCCCUCGACGACACCUUUUGGACAGCGAAGACUAUCGUGGCAAUGGCUGAGCAAGUCCUCCAAGAAAUGGACAAGGCAGUUGCCUCGAUUACCCAAGAAACAGGCCUCGUAAACGGCUCAAAGAGAGCGGAGCCAACUCAACGGAGAGAACGUGAGCCUCCGCCUUCAGACGUCGGCGAUACUGUUAUUGUCUACUCUAACCAUGAGGGUACCGACUUACCAGGUCUUGAAACAAUUCCGGAUUGGGACGUCUUCGGUCAUUUCGACCCUACCUUUAACUUGGGCGCUGUUGAUGCUGCUCUUGAUGGGAAUCUCGACUUUGGUACUUCCUCAAACUGGUUCGACUGGCAACAGCUUUGGGGAUAAUUUAACUUUUUCGUUAACCACUAGACUAGCGGUCGUACUAGUUGGCGGUAAAAUAUACACUAUGUUUCACUUAACUACAGGCCACUCUCUGCGGGCUACCUUUUAAUAUGCCUAAACAUGCU